GCCGUUGCUCAGAUUACCACCAUCAAUAUCCCCUCUCACGCUCCAGCAUCUUGACUCAUUGAGAUCAUCCCCGUGCAUCACCAACUUGGACACAUACCGACCCCACGUACCCUACAUACCGCCAGUCAUCAUGUCUCGCCCACAGUCCGCCGGCUCGGACAGAUCCACAAAAUCCAACGUCUCGAACGGAUCGGCAAAGUCCAACCUCUCGAACGGAUCCGCAAAAUCCACCAUCUCGGACGAUUCUUACCUGAACAGCCUCCGGGAGGGUAUGGAUGACCAGUUCAAGCAAAUGAUCCAGGAGACCAUCAGGUUUGACGACAACAGAUCGCUUGCAAUGGAGCGCAAGAUCCAGUCUCACAAUGCGAAAAAGCGGAGGCCAGACGACACAAAAGAGCGGGACUGGCCACUUCCGAUGGUGGACGAGUACAAAAACUACAAAGCCAAAGUCGUGGCACUCAAAAAGGCCAAACUCGGGCAGAAGGAAUCGACAGCACGCGCCAAGCAGGCCCGCUACCAUCCCGAGAUGAAGAAAGAGGCUCGCCUCCUAGCCUUGCGCGAUGACGAGAAGUGGUUCAAGGCUGCGAUCGACGCUGCGAUGGCACGAUUCGGCUUCAUGAAGAAGUACCCGGACGCCUUCAACACCAAAUCCAACAAGAACCACCUGAUAGCAGCCACGGACAACCUCAACUCCGCAAGGAGAGCAGUAGAAGAAAUCAUCGAGCAAAAACGACGACUUACUGGUUUUGAUGAACAAGCUGCUUCCUAGAGCUCUCACCCGCCUCCUGUCGCCAAGGGAGUUCCGAGGACUAAGUAAGGCGGGGGCACGGCGGUUCCUAAGACAGCGUCGGUGGUUCCGACAACGGCUGCGAAUAAUAAGGAGGCACCAUCAAUACCUACCUAGGUGGGUAGCUUCUUCGUUUGCCGGAGCAUAUGAGGCGAACGGGACAUAAAUACCUAUGUAGGUAGUGACAUGGCUCUUCGGGUGGCCACUGCAAGGGAAGGACAGGCCCCUAGAAUCCUGCCGGCAGGAUUCUAUGUAUGAUAGAUAGUCCAAAGUACCUAGCGAGGACGCAUGUUUGUUUCCCAUCCCCGAUCCUCCUACUCUCUCCUUAAUUCCCAUGGGUUUGGCUCGCCUUAUGAGCUCAGGUGGAAGACGACGAGGCCCAGGACGAUGCG